AUGGGAUUCAUACUGCCAUCCGCUGUGAAAGGGUGUGUACAUUUUUUGUUUUGGACGCAGCUCUGGAGGCCGCGCCAGAGAGGAUCUGCGUGGAAGCCCUUCUUCUCCCACUCGCGGCUUCAGACCCGACCCACUCGCGAGGGAUUGGCGUGGGGGGCGGCUCGGGAAGAAUUGCCUUGGACGCCCCACACACACGCCCAGCCCGGGGGGCGGUGUCCUCGUGGGAAGGCGCAACACGAUUCCUCGUGGGCCGCCCAGCCGAAGGCGAGAAGAAGCAAGACACGGUCGCGAGUGGAUCGCUUUUUCCUUGCUCCAGAGAAGAGGCCCAGCAGGAGAUCAUCCAGAAGGACAGAAAUGGACCUGUGGAUCCUUCUUCCUCUCUGUGGGAUCUUGAUAGGCUCUACAGUUGCAGAACCUCCGCCACCCAAAGACGUGCCCCACGAUCCCUUCCAUUAUGAUUAUAAAUCGUUAAGAAUUGGGGGCCUGGUUUUUGCAGUUGUGCUGUUCCUGCUUGGCAUUCUCAUAAUUCUCAGUCGGCGUUGUCGUUGCAAGUUCAACCAGCAACAAAGGACGGGUGAACCUGAUGAAGAAGAGGGGACCCUACGCAGUUCAAUCCGACGUUUAUCCACCAGGAUGAGGUAGAAGACACCUGAGAUGGUUACUCCCAGCAUACUCUUCCCUGGAUCCAGAGUGUUGCCUUCCUUGCACCGCGUUGCACAACCUUAUCACCCUUCUCUCCCCGCAAUGCCUCCGUCUUUUCUACCAAACCCAGCAAAUUCCAGGCCUGAUGCCUCCAUCUUGAUCUUAGCCCAUUAGUUUUCCCUCCCUGUCCCUGUGGCUUAAACUUCUGCCCCAAUGCUGUUUUCUUUCAAGGGGAGAGAGGUUGUGAAGCAUGAUACUAGUGUUAGUCAGUGGGCAGAGCUCAAGAAAGUUACUUGCCAGAAUCCUUCAGCAGGAAGACUGUGGGUGUUAUAGUCCAAACAGGGACCCUUUCCGUGUUAAAAUCUGCAUUGUCAUACUGUUGUUAAGCUCAACAGUGUGAUGGGCAAGCACUCUCCAUACCUAUAUAAGAUCUGUAGGCGAGCCACCAACCAACUGUCCUAUCUUAAGGUACCGUAUAUACUCUAGUAUAAGCCAACCCGAAUAUAAACCAAGGAACCUAAUUUUAUCACAAAAACUGGGAUAAUUUAUUGACUCGAGUAUAAGCCGAGGGUGGGAAAUGCAGCAGUUAUGGGUAAAUUUCAAAAUAAAAAUAGAUACCAAUAAAAUUUCAUUAAUCAAGGCAUCAGUAAGUUGAAUGUUUUUGAAUAUUUACCGUAUUUCAAAGAAAAGCAAUAAACUAGCUCUAUAAGUGGAAAAGUAGGGGCAACAAAAACAAUAUGGUAUCAACAAUAACCUAAUAAUAAUAAUAAUAAUAAUAAUAAUAAUAAUAAUAAUAAUAAUAAUAAAAAUUUCAUUUGGAUCCCACCCUAUCUCCCCAUGGGGACUCAGGCCGGCUUCCAACAUAGUAACAGGCAAACAUUCAAUCUAGCUAUGUAUAAAAGAGUGAUGGAAUUCUGGCACCGAGCAAAACAACAAAACUAAACACCCCCCAACCUCGAAAUUUUACAACACAAUCCAUCAUCCACGCCUUGAGGUUGAAACCACAAAAUAUCACGUCACGAACCUCCAAAAAUGACUAAAACCCCCCAAAAAUCGGAGCUAUUCAGUGAAAUUCCAAUGGGCCACAGCAACGCGUGGCAGGGCACAGCUAGUGCUUAUAUAAACAAUGCAAAGCUAGAUAUAGAUCUAUAAUUAUAGACACUAAUUUCACAUAUGCAUUUCCCUCUGAAACGUUUGCAAAUCCCCUCUGUGUGCGCAUUUCCCCUACAAUAUUUGCAAGCAUAUAUAUAUAUAUAUAUAUAUAUAUAUAUAUAUAUAUAUAUAUAAAUUCAUAUCUAUCUAGAUAUGUCUAUAUAUAUUUGUGUGUUCAUUUCCCCCCUGUAAUAUUUCCAAGACCAAUAUAUAGGUAGGUAAGAAUAUAUCUAUCCAGACAUCUCUCUUUAUAUAGAUAUUUGCAGAGACUUGCAAACAUAUGAGGGGAAAUUCAUAUAUAAAAUUAAUGUAUAUAGAUAGAUACACAUAUAAAGGUACAUAGAGAUUGCAAAAGCUUGCAAAGGGUUAAUGCCUAUAUAUCUGUAACAAAUAUUUAAGGGGAAAAUGCUUUCAUAAGAUUAAUGAAUAUAUAUUUUUCUUCUUCCUGACUUGCAAGGGUGUCUCUCUUUUCAAAAUAUUCCCUUGAUUAAGAGCGAGGGAGGCUUUGCAAAAGAAAACACACUGAUAAGGGAGGAGAAGAGAGAAAUAGAUCACAUAUUGCAAGCAAUAGCCUGCAGGCUCCGUUGCUGGCCUUGACCCGAUUAUAAGCCGGGGGAGGCUUUUUCAGGUCAUAAAUAAGGGCUGAAAACCUCAGCUUAUCUUUGAGUAUAUACGGUAUUGCUCUUUUGAUGUACGCCUCAUCCUAGAUCAGUGAUUCUCAACAUGUGGGUCCUCAGGUGUUUCUGCCUACAACUUCCAGAAAUCUCAGCCAGUUUACCAGCUGUUAGGAUUUCUGGGAGUUGAAGGCCAAAACAUCUGGGGACCCACAGGUUGAGAACCACUGUCCUAGAUGGAGGACCAAAAACAGCUACCAGAGACACAAAGUCAGUUGUUAAUUUAAUUGACUGCUAGCAUGCAGUGUCAGUUUGAGGACUAACAGACAAUUUGUGUUGUGCCCAGAUUGAGAAACAGUUGGCACUACCCAGAUGCACAUUGCAAUGCAGAUGGGAGCACAAUUCACCAAUGAAUAUGGAACACCACUUCUUUGUUGUGGGUCUUCAGUAUUAUGGCAUAGAAGUCCUUUUCUCUCUCUCCAAGGCAAAGAGGGCCAACUGUAAUUUCAACUAAGCAACAGUGACAUGACUUCAUCUGGGCUACCAAAGCAUGAAUAAAAGAGCAAAUUUGGUGAGCAGAUGACAGCAAGCUAUUUCUUUAAAGUGAUGAUAAAUAAUGCAGUCCUAACUCACCAGCUCUGAUUUUGCAAUUCCCCCGGGCCUGAUUGUUGUCAGAGUUACAGCAAGAAGUGAUCAUCUUGUACUUUGCUGCCGUCUCCGAUUCCAGCUUUGCCAAAUGCACACAUACAAAAUGGCAAAUGUGAAAUUUUUCCCUAGCAUUGUUAUUACAGUAGAGUCUCACUUAUCCAACACUCACUUAUCCAACGUUCUGGAUUAUCCAACGCAUUUUUGUAGCCAAUGUUUUCAAUACAUCGUGAUAUUUUGGUGCUAAAUUCGUAAAUACAGUAAUUACUACAUAGCAUUACUGUGUAUUGAACCUAAUUUGAUGUUUAAUAGGCUUUUCCUUAAUCCCAUCUUAUUAUCCAACAUAUUCACUUAUCCAACGUUCUGCUGGCCCGUUUAUGUUAGAUAAAUGAGACUCUACUCUAUUACAAUUUUCAGCCAGAGUGGCCUUCUGCAUCACCAUACUACACAUCACAGGAUUUGAUUUUCCAAAUCUAGCACAUGACCAUUGAAUUGAACUCAAAAUGCUAUUAUUGUGUGGUAUGCAGUUUAGAGGACCCUAAGUGUAAGUUUUUAGAUUGGCCUUUGCUUCUGGUGUCCUCCAAAGGUGCUACUUCCUUAAUAAUAAUAAUAAUAAUAAUAAUAAUAAUAAUAAUAAUAAUAAUAAUAAUAAUAACUUUAUUUUUAUACCCCGCCCCAUCUCCCCGAAGGGACUCGGGGCGGCUCACAUGGGGCCUAACCCGAUAAGACAAUCAAUAUCAAUAGCACGACUAUAAAACAAUUAUACCAGUAAAACAUUAGAUAUAUAGUCCCAUAUCUGGAAGAGAUAUAGUCCCAUAUCUGGAAAAUAAGAUAGAGAUAUAGUCCCAUAUCUGGAAAUUUUUCAAAUGUCAAUCCAUACCUUUGUUCUGAAAUAAAGAAGAGAAAUGAGUGAUAGCUUGAAGGGCAAAAAAGAUGCAAUUGUAGCUUUGUCCCAUCUUUCCUGCCCAUUUUUAAUCAUUGUCAGUAGAGAGUGUAACAUGCUUUUUUAUUUGUUUGUUUGUUUGUUUAGAUCAAGGGUGCACACCUCCAAGUCCUCUAGAUAUUGUUGGGCUGCCAAUCUCAUCAGUUCUAGCCAAUGUUGAGGUGAGAUGGGAGCUACAGUCCAGCAAUAUCUGGACAUAUGUGCUGCCAACUUUGGCCUCCACCUUUGGUUGUAGUAUUGCUGGCAAAUGCGAUGCAGAUUUGUUCUAAAUUCCACGCUAAAUCCCCAUUGAAGUGAGAAUGUCUUGGAGCACAAGAGUGGAGCAAUUCUCUAGUUCUCUUCUUUGCCUUGAGUAUUGAAUGGUAAAAUAACAAGCAUUGUUCAUAGUGUUGUCAAAGGCUUUCAUGGAUAGAAUGACUGGGUUGCUGUGAGUUUUCCAGACUGUAUGGUCAUAUUCCAGAAGCAUUCUCUCCUGACAUUUCACCCACAGUUAUGGCAGGCAUCCUCAGAGGUUGUGAGAUCUGUUGGAAACUUGGCAAGUAAGGUUUAUAUAUCUGUGGAAUGUCUAGGGUGGGAGAAAGAAGUCUUGUCAGAGUGUGAAUGUUGCAAUUGGCCAACUUGAUUAGCAUUGAAUGGCCUUGCAGCUUCAAAGCCUGUAUGCUUCCUGCCUGAGGGAAUCCUUUGUUGGGAGGUGUUAGCAAGCCAUUCAGUGGUAAUCAAGGUGGCCAACUGCAAAAUUCACACUUGCCUCAAUCAGACUUCUUUCUCCCACUGUGGACAUUCCACAGAUAUAUUAAUUAGUUUGCAACAGACCUCACAACCUCUGAGAAUGUCUGCCCUAGAUGUGGGUGAAACGUCAGGAGAGAAUGCUUCUGGAACAUGGCCAUACAGUCCAGAAAUCUCACAGCAACCUUUUGUUGACAGUAAUGCAAAAUCCUUUUUCCCUGCUUGUGCUUCAAAAACAUGCAUAACAAUUUCACCAGAGAUGGAACUGGGAUGAAAGGAAUUGGCACGUUCAUCAUGAGAGACAAUUCACCUGUCCUAUCUCCAUCAUCUAGCUGCUCCACAUACCUCUCUCUUUACAUACUUAUAUUUUGUACAAAAACUCUGUAUACCAGUGCGGACAAGCCGAAUAUGCUCAGUUUGGGUUCUCCCCAGCAGAUGGCAAUACUUAACAUUUGCCCAUUUAAAUUUAGUAAAACUGUGCAGCAGUCACACAGCUGUGAAGACCUACACAAUCCAGCAUCUUAUAGUCUUACAGUGUUGUCCUUACUGCUAUCUAGAAGGGCCUUAAUCUCAUGCCUUUGCUGCUCCCCUUGUAUGUUUUUGACCCUUGUGAGCCUGACAAGUGCCUCUUAUCAUAUUACAAUGUACAUAGAUGGAGUUAUAUAAAUAAAAAUGCUACUUUCUCCAGUCAUUAA